GGGCAGCGGAGGGGGGGCUCGCAGGGAGAGACCUCGGGGCUCCGAGUCCGCCGGCCGCUGCCGCUGUGACCUCCGGUCGCCGCACUAAGGGACUGAAGUGAGUGCAACGCGCGUGGGCAUACAGAGUUGCAAAGGAAAGAAUUCCACUCGAGAUUCUGGCUGUAAAAGGCAGGACACUUUUGUGAGAGACACUUGAGUCAAAAGAAGAAACUGCAGCUGAAGCUCGUAUCUUCUCAGGUUCCAUAUGUGGGUGCUGGGGUGUGGGCCGAGCAGGGCUGCACUGCAGGGUGUGCGGUGGCGCUGACCCGAUGGAGCAGGCAAGCUGCUUCCUAAAAGUUGUCACCAUCAACUGCAUUUGCCAGAAGAGAAAGUGGACUUCUGGAGACAAGCUUGUGUUCUUUCCUCCAAUGGCCCAAAUGGGAUCUCCGAACAAAAUGAAUUUCAUUACAAGGCUUUCUGCUUUGUGUCUGAGAAAAAAAAACAAUAUGCAGCAAAGGUACCAGAGUAGUCGACGGCCAGCUGUUCCACUUGGAUCACGGAUUUUAACAGACCCUUCUAAAGUUUUUGAGCAUAACAUGUGGGACCAUAUGCAAUGGUCACAGGAAGAGGAGGAGCAUGCCAAGGAAAAAGCAGCAGAGAACUCACUUGUGAAAGUCCAUUUGGAAGACCAAGAUAAGUAUGAGAGAGAAGCCAGUAAGUAUUGGAAUGAAUUUUACAAGACUCACAAAAAUAACUUCUUCAAGGAUCGCAAUUGGUUGUUUUUGGAAUUUCCAGAAAUUCUUCCAGAAAAAAUGAGAGAACAGUUGAAAAUAGAGGGAAGACCUUCAGAACUCACAAAAAUAAAUAUUACCAACAGUUUUUCACAGGAGAAGGAGAUGUUUGAGGAAGGAGAAAAAUAUUGGAAGAAAAAUACUGGAGAUGAUUCCACUUCUGAAAAAGGAUAUAAUAAAAAACAACCAAAAUGUAUUGCUGACAGGCCUUGGGGUAAAAGCAACGAGGAAGAAGUUAAUGUGCUAGAAUCCUUCCCUGGUAGUGAUGCCACUUACAGAAUAUUAGAGGUUGGUUGUGGUGCUGGAAAUAGUGUAUUUCCUAUUUUGAAAGUUCUGUGCAAUACACCUGGAACCUUUCUGUACUGUUGUGAUUUUGCUUCAGGAGCAGUGGAGCUCGUAAAGUCACAUUCGUCCUACAAUUCAGCCUGGUGUUCUGCCUUUGUUCAUGAUGUGUGUGAUGAUGCUUUACCCUAUCCUUUUCCAGAUGAGAUCCUGGAUGUCAUUCUCCUUGUCUUUGUGCUCUCAACUAUUCAUCCUGACAGGAUAUUGCUCCUUCCUGUUUGUUCGGAGAUGAGCACAUGAGUCAUGCAAAGCCUGGAUCCAGAUUUCAGAAACAAUUCAAGCAGUAGAUUUCAGAUCUCUGUAUCUGCAAUGAUGCUGCCAGGAAAAAUUGGACAAUAGAGGCUCAUUCAUUCAGUCAUUUAGUCUGUAAAAGCAGUAAUAAGAUGUUCUCUCAGAAUUUCAGUGUUUUCUUGCCCAUUGUUUGAGUAUGACUGUGUUUAUUUUUUUCUCCCUAUGUCUGUAUCCAAAGGCUGAUAUAGAUGUUUUUGCAUACAUAUAUACACAUACUCAAAUAUAUGUACCCAUAAAAAAUUCCAUGUAAUUAUCUGUCUGAUAAGAUCCGCUUUCCAAAAACUUGUUAGACAUUGCAAUCUCAAAGAACUGAAGUGACUGCAUGAAGAUGAAUAUAAUCCAGAUCUUUUUUGUUUACAUUUUUUAUGGAAAUGUUGAAAGUAGGAGAAGAAAAGGAAAACCAAGAGAAUGAUGCUGCAGAACUUAGGUUCUUUGGAGACCUGAAAAACAUAUGUGAGAGACACAUUUGUGUUUACCACAACUGUUACUUAAUGACUUCUCUAUAGCUCAUGUGUUUAGUUUUUGGUAAUUGCUCCAUUCAUACCUCAUAGGUAACACACUUCAUUUCUGCUACGAGUCACCACUAAAAGUUGGUCAAAGAAUUUGAUGAAGUGGGAAUUUGAAAGAAUGUGAAUUAAUGUGAUCCAGUCCUACUAGAUCAGAUCUAGCCCUAUCAGAUCUGAUUUCUCCAAGUGCUUUCAUUUUUUAUGUAUUUACACUUCUUCUGUGCGCACAGAACUUACACUUACAUAGACAGUCCGUUGUUCUGUGCAGUUACCUGUCAUGAAUGGUCAUUUUUUCUUAGGUUGUGCUGCCUGUUCUGUCUUUUGCGGUAUACGUGACUGCCUGUGUUGAGCACUAGCAAAGAGGAGAACUAUUAAAGCGUUUGAUUUCCUUUGAGGAAAUAUGUGCUCAAAAAGUGUAUGGUUGUUUUAUUUAUUGAGAUACGCUGCUGUUUUCUGCUGAACUACCUCCUAAUCAUAUCUCUUAAAAAUCAAGGCAGGAUAUCUGCACCGCAGUUGCAUAAGGACCAAAAUGUGCUAGUGGUUGCAUUUUGAAGGGGUAGGCUACCUGAGAAACAGGCAUAGUAUAAGGAUUUCCUAUUAGUAGGCAGUAAUAGUAUGCUGAUUUUGCAUAGUUAAGGACGACUAGCUCUUCUUCAUUUCUUUUAAGAUGUGAAUAGAAAAGCACCGUGCCUUUCUUAUCCAUUCAUUUACCAUUCUCUCUGACUCCAUGUCUUCUUUGUGAUCUGUCUGUAUCCAUGUGGAAAGAAGGGUUGAGUUAGUCACAUGGACUUUUCUACCUUGCAGCCUGCAAAGUGAAAACUGCCUUUUUUGGUCUAUCAUAAAUGUGGAAAACAUGAUUUCCACGUUCAUGAAAUGUUCUGAAAGAGUGAGGCAAACUCAAGGCAUAAUUCAUUAGUAAUAGAUUUUGCUGAGUAAUGCAAAUAUAAAGACGUGCCAAUGUCUAGUGUCACUAGACAAGUGACACAAGUGUCACACAAAAUGACACAAAAGUGACAUUUGUGUCACUUGUCUAGUGAAAGAGCACUGUGUGUGGUACUUACUCCUAUCGUAUGCAUGGCUAGCUGAUGUGAUCUUGGUAAGGAAGAGCUGAUCUUAGAUAUGAUCAAGACUCACAAAUGUGUCAGCAUUUUGGAGGAUGCAGACUUUCUCCUCUAAUUUGCAAAAUCUUUGGAUAGAGUCCUACUGAAUUCCUCUCCUGAGCUACUACUCUUGUUUUCUUUACAUUCUCUGGCAUUAGAUAUUAAGAUACUGUGUGCAUGAUCAAUACCUCAAUAGAGAAAUCAAUUCUUAUCAGCCUUCCAUGCCCUUGCUUUUACUGUGCACUGUAAAGAGGCUUAGUCUAGUUCACCAAUGCCCAUAGCUAACUGUUCAUUGUCAUAUGUAUAUGCCUGACUCAUAUGACAUAUAUUUGGAAACUGUGUUUUAAUCUAUACUUGAGAUUCUAUUGAAGCAAAGGCCAGGGAUUUCUUUUUUUUUUUUUUGAGUUUGCAUUCUCUGAUAAUAUUUUCAUAUAAAUGGUUUUUUUGUUGGUAGUUGGUGUUUUUGUCUGUUUGUUUUUGUUUUUUUCUGAUUGUUUUUGUAAAGAGUUCUUCCUGUUUGCUAAUGUUUGGCAUUUUUGUAGUAAAUAUAUAGAUACUCCUCAGUAUAGUGUCAGAAAUCUGUGUAUUUUCCAAGUAUCUAGGAAAAAAAACCACAACAGUGACAUUGUCAGAUUUCUCUGAUCUCAUCUAUUU